AAUUGUUCUGAACGUUCGGAAACAAAAUUGCAGGAAACCGAAAAAUUAAGUGACAGUAUUUCUGACGUUCUACCUGCUGGUAUUUUUUAAGCAUGAAUAUGGCGAAUUACCAAAAAUCAAUCAAUCGCAACUUUCAGCAGUUUCUCGAUUGAUCACGAGAUUUUUAUCUCACCUACGAAAGUGACUCCCGUCCAAAAGAGCCGAUACAUAUAUCUAUAUAUCAUUACGAUCUAUUUUCGCGUAAUAUUUUCGAAGUUGCGUGAAAUUUUCCACGUCAAGAUUUUGCAGAAGUGGAACGUUUUCGCAGUACUGAGUUGAAAGUGUCGGUCUGUUGCGGUGAGAUUCAAAAUUUUGAGUAUUCUUUCAACGUUUGUCGAAAAUCCGUCUCUCCUUAUUUUUUUUAAUCGACUCGUUCAAGACUUCAUGUUCGGCGUUGUGAAGGUGAUUUUAAAGUUGAAAGCCUACGAGGCUUGAAAUGCUCGCGAGGAAGAAACGCGGAAAGUGUUGCUGAAGUGCAAUUGUCCGGAAUGGACUGGAAAAAUCGGUUCUGGCGGUCGGCGGACCAUGACCGCCGCCGCUACGAGAUGAACGUGUGCUUUGAUUCGACCGCCUACCCGUCUUCUUCAUCCGGGCACCUGAACGAUUCCUUGCCCGACUUACCGCACAUUGUCGGUCUCGACGAACUGAGCCGACGAUUGCUGGCAAGUGCAGAUGACGACGAGGAGGAGGAAGAGGAAGAAGACGACGUGGACGUGAACAACAAACGUGGUGUUGUCUUUGACCUCUCGUCCCCGGCGGCGAGUGACAAGAGUUCUUUGUCGCUGUCCUUGUCGGGUCAUGAGAACGAAUCGAGUUUCGGCGACGUUUUGUUCCCGACGUCUGUUUUGGACGAUGAUGAUGACGUGGUCGGGUCGCCGUUGACGGACGAUGGGGAGUCGGAGCCGUACUUAUCGCCGCGGUUCGAAUGGGGCUAUGGUUGUGAAGGGAAGGAGAUGAGGGUGGCGAGGGCCAAGGACCGACGCGCGUCUGAGGAGCUGGUGGACGAAGGGAUGGGCAAGUUUUGGCCGCCACCGGGGGUUUGUGACGAGGCGCCGGUGCGGUAUUCGCCGUUUGUGGCGCCGCCGUCGUGUGCCGCCGCUGGUGUCGGCAGCGGGCUGUGUGGUUCCGCGCCGUCGAGGUUUGACGGGGACUUUUUCGGUAUUGGAGCUGAGGCAAGACCGCAACAACACGAGCGACUUCGAAGCUCCUCGGCCGAAUCGGAAGAUUCUGGCGACGAUGAAUCCGAAGAGCGUGUUCUUGGGUCAGAUGAAGACGAACAAGAAGAUCCGAAAGAUUACGACAAAGGUGGGUACCAUCCGGUGAAGAUUGGGGAUCUGUUCCAUCGCCGGUAUCAUGUUGUGCGAAAACUCGGCUGGGGCCACUUUUCUACCGUUUGGCUGUGCUGGGAUGUCGAAACCAAGAGGUUUGUGGCUAUGAAGGUGGUCAAGAGUGCGCCGCAUUAUACCGAAACUGCGUUGGACGAGAUAAAACUGCUCAAAUGUGUUCGUGAUAGCGACCCGGAGGAUAAGUUCAGAGAGCGGACAGUCAUGUUGCUGGACGAUUUCAAGAUCAACGGGAUCCACGGGACGCACGUUUGCAUGGUGUUUGAGGUGCUCGGAUGCCACUUGCUAAAGCUGAUCAUCCGGUCGCGUUACUGCGGCAUCCCGAUUCAGAACGUCAAGAUCAUCAUCCGGGAAGUCCUCGAGGGCUUGCACUAUUUGCACACCAAAUGCAAGAUCAUCCACACCGACAUCAAACCAGAAAACGUGCUACUUGCAGUUUCUGAGAAUUACGUUCGACGGCUAGCUUUUGAGGCCACUCAGUACAGACGCUUGGGACUUAAGCUUCCCAGUUCUCUGGUCAGCACGGCUCCAAAGGAAUUGACGACUCCCCGACCAGAGAACAUGACCAGAAAGAAGCGCAGGCAACUUCGGAAGAAGGCUCAGAAAGACCAAGAAAUCUUGGAGGAUCGCAUGAGGCAUUUGGAGUCGCAAAUGCACCUGGAACUGGUGGAAGAGCCCGACGAGGAGAGUAGCAGUUUGAAUACAUCCCACGAACCUCCGAUGCCCUCGUUUAACGGAAGUGAAUCACGUUCAGCUGUUCGAGAAGCCAUGGGUAAAAAACUCGGCGUCAAGAAACCGAUUUCAAAGGACGCUCGACUUGCCGAUGAUGAUUUUCAGAAACGGAUCGAGCAGAGGAAAAGCUUUGCCGAAAUGGAACACGCACAGGUGGAAUCCAUCUUGUCGCGCACCGACAGCGAGUGGAGAUCCGCGAUUGACAGUCCCUCGGGGAUCACGAACGGCUUGAGUCUGAUGGACUUGGACGACGCGAACCGUAAUUGCGUGUCGCUGGAACCCGAAGCCCUUGCGAAGACGUUGGCGAAUGGCAAAGAAGGGUGGAACAAUGGAUGCGACAUGAUCACCGACGGAACCGGGGUUCGUCACGCGGACUUCUGCGUGGGAGAUACCGAGGAUGACAUAGUGAUAUAUCGUCGCCGUGCUGCGUCGUACCCGGGCAGUGACGCGAUGUGUUCGAAUGAGUCCUACCCAGAGGUGCCACUGCCUCCGCCACCUCCGCCUCAGGCGUCCAAGAUCCCUAGGAAGGUCGUCACGCAUCAGCAAUCGGAGAUCACCAGAUCAUGUACUGAACCACAUGCUUCAGGCGCAGGAGCUUCGACGGAAGGCAUUGCUAAGCAUGGACGAGGUCGAGUUAGACUCAAGCCGAAAAAUGAACCCAAUCCCGCCUUCGACCCCAUGACUGAGAAGGACCUACAGGUUAAAAUUGCUGAUCUGGGUAAUGCGUGCUGGACCUUUUUUCAAUUCACGGAGGACAUACAGACCCGUCAAUAUCGGUGUUUGGAAGUGUUGCUUGGUGCCGGAUACGGUACUCCUGCCGAUAUCUGGAGCACGGCUUGCGUGGCUUUCGAAUUGGCAACAGGAGACUAUUUGUUCGAGCCGCACUCCGGCGAGUACUACACCAGAGACGAUGAUCAUCUGGGUCACAUAAUUGAGUUACUUGGCAACAUCCCUAUGCACAUUGCCUUCAGUGGAAAAUAUUCCGACGUAUUUUUCACUAGAAAGGGAACGUUGAAAAGGAUCUCUAGGCUGAAGCCGUGGGGAUUGGUUGAAGUGUUGACGGAGAAGUACGAGUGGCCGACGAAGGAGGCCCAGGACUUCGCCGACUUUUUGCUGCCGAUGCUGGCUUUUGACCCGAAAGAACGUGCCACUGCUGAGCAGUGCCUCCGACAACCUUGGCUCCGCGUCGACGGCGCCUCUUCGGGUCCAGGCGGUGACGUGUCAGUGGAAACGAGCCCGAGCUCGAGUUCCGGCUAUGCGAGCGUCAAGACGCAGGCGAGCAAGGGCUAAUUUUGACCCCGUCCCCAACAACGAACAUUUUCUGACACCGAGAAAGCAGACGUGACGAUAGCUUUGACCUUGCCAUCGGCUUUGGAAAUGACUGGAAUCUCCCGCGUACAAUCAAGCUACGUUCCCGAAUUGCUAUGAAGAAUCAAGGUUUUUAAUUCUGGAAUGGACAACACAAAGCAUUAUGUGCAAUCAGAUCUUUUUUCCUCAAUGAACACCUUCGUUAUGCGAGUGGGCUUCCGAGGGAAAAAUUCGAAACUCCCAAAGAAGACCCAAGGGCGUGUUGUGUGGAAUUUGUGCGCCGAGCAAGUUGAAGUUGAUGCGAAGUAUUUUAAUUCAGUUCUCCUUGUUCCCCCUUCUUGGGCGUGAAAGAGUUGGUAUUGUGCGUUAGGAGUUCAUUGUAAUGACGCGAGCCAGUGAUAGAAUCUCCUAUGAAUUUCUGAGGAUGCUUCUACUGAGCAUGCCUCGGUGUUUCCAUCGUGAAUCUUCGCUUUCUUUUUCGCUGAAACUUGCCGCACCCUUUCGUGGACCUUAUGUUUUUAUUACUCUUUUUUUUGAAUUCCUGUGACGAUACUGAAAGCGACGGAAAUGUGACAUGUGAUUUUCCGCCGUCGUGUCCUGCGGUGAUUUUUUCCGAGAAGCUCGACGGGAUUUUUGGGUUUUUAGUAUGUAAUCUGGUCCUUCAACUGUGGGAUUGUCGCGGACUUGAAGCGGUUUUCUGCUUUGUUAACUUGGGGUUCUCGUUCUCUUACAAAGGAUUUCCUAUUUUGCCAGUCAUAUUCUUUUUAAAGUCAUAAAAUCUAUUCCUUUUUAUUACGACAUCUUCAGAAUUAUAGUCAGUGUUCUUUAAAAGCCCGACGUAGCGAGCAAUUUUAGAAAAGCAUUUAGGAAAUGAAUCUUCUUCGCGUGAAUAAUUUUUGUCCAUCGAUGUACUGCGCAAUCUGAAAAGCAAUUGACUCAUUUGUGCGAGAUCGGAAGUCCUUUGAAAGAACGAGAUGAUGCUUUAACUUGCCGUCUUGUGCAUAUCUGUAAACGCGAGGAGAAUUCUCGGGGAAGCAGAUAGAUGAAAUAAAGCAAACUGUGGAUGCCGCGCGCGAUGAUAUAAUGGAGAAAAGAAAGGACAAUUUUUAUGAAUGUGA